AUGGGAAGAUGCAACAAGACCCGAGGUCCAUGCUUGCUCCUAAUGGCUGCCGUAGUGAUAUCAUUGUUGAUGGCAUCAUCUGCGGCAUGGUCCAAACAAGCAAUCGAAGCGAUAUCUUCAAGCCUUUUGGUCAAAGAUUACUCGACUUCACUUUCGGAUAUCAGGGAGAGCUCCGAUGCGUGUCAAGACGCCUGUCUUUGGAAAUCAGGCAUCAAUGGAUCGUGGGUACAAGACUUCGAUUUUGCCCGAGAUUAUGGGCAGUAUGAGGAACCAUGGGUCAUCGAAGAAGGGCCCUUUCAGAGAUGUACUGCUGGCGCAUUCCAACCUUCGGAGGAUGCUCCAUUUCCUUGGAGGACCAGCUGGAGAUGGGUCGAUCAUGAGUCAGAUUGCCAAGUUGACAUUUUGACUUUGGACAAGUUUUGCAAGGUUUUGCAGAGAUUAAAUGUCAAACGAAUACUCUUCUUUGGUGACUCACUCACUGAUGCAAUGUACAACAGUUUCGCAAAUAAAAUUGGUCAUGCCAAUUUUCGACUUAACCCAGACGACCAACGGAAUGGUUCCAUGAUUUGUCCAGGUGGAGGAGUCGACGGUGCUGAUCCUGGUCGUGAUAGGAGAAUUCCAGUGUUUGGCAAGAAGUUGCCUAUCGUCCCACGAAAUACAACCCGAAAGAUGAUCGCUUUUGAUCAUGAGGUUCGUCACUUUUUUGACAGCUCAGCUCCAGAUCGGGUCUUGGCAAUCUUCAAUAUAGGAGCACACUAUCACGGCGUGAAUGACUAUCGAAAAGAUCUGGAUGCUAUGCUAAAUCUCUUGUCGAAUAUGAACCGAUCCCAGGAUCUGUACAUCUUUCGUGCUACUAGUCCCGGUCAUGAAGGAUGCUUACCAUUGACUCGCGAAUUCGAUUGGAAGGUUGGGGCUCGGAUUGUACCUCUUGCCAAGUUUGAAGACUACAAAGUUACGGUCGGGCACCGGCAUCAUUGGGACAAGUUUGAAGGUUACAAUCAUUACACGAAACAAAUUUUGCUCGAGCAUAACCGAAAGCGUUUGGAUCCAAUCUAUCACUAUUUGGACAUUUUCAAUAUGACGGCGCUCCGGAAUGAUGCUCAUCCUGCUCCGCGAGAUUGUCUGCAUUUUCAGGCUCCUGGUCCUAUCGACUGGUGGAAUCAUUUACUAUUUACCUAUUUAUCACGAUUAUCAGAAGAUGGCCAGCAGCAAGGAAAAGGAUCUAUGAAGGAGAUUACAACCAAUUGUCGACGGUCCUACUUCUGA